CACGCCCUUCUCCAUGCCCACGUGGUAGACCCCAUGAACAGACGAGAAUAAUAGGCUUCUGUUGCGUUUGAACCUGAGCUGUACAGAAGGGUCCACCAUGCCUGGGUUACUGCUGGGAGACGAGUUCCCCAACUUCGAAGCUGAUACAACCAUCGGCAGGAUCAAAUUCCACAGUUUUCUGGGUAGCUCGUGGGGUAUCCUGUUCUCUCACCCAAAGGACUUUACUCCUGUCUGCACCACUGAGCUGGCCCGUGCUGCCAAGCUCAGCGACGAGUUCAAGAAACGAGAUGUGAAGAUGAUUGCCUUGUCCAUUGACAGUGUUGAGGAUCACCAUAACUGGAGCAAGGACGUGAUGGCAGUAAACAAUGAGGCUGGCCACACUUUGCCCUUUCCCAUAAUCGCUGAUGAUAAGAGAGAGCUGGCUGUCCAGCUGGGCAUGCUGGACCCUGAUGAGAAAGACAAGGAUGGAAUGCCCCUCACCGCUCGAUGUGUCUUUGUGAUUGGCCCUGACAAGAAGCUGAAGCUGUCCAUUCUCUAUCCUGCCACCACAGGAAGGAACUUUGACGAGUUGCUCCGAGUGAUCGACUCUCUGCAGCUCACUGCACAGAAGAAGGUUGCCACACCGGUCGACUGGAAGCCUGGUGACAAAGUCAUGGUCAUUCCAUCACUCUCUGUGGCUGAAGCUGCUGCUCUCUUCCCCAACGGUGUGACCACUAAAGAGGUGCCUUCUGGGAAGACGUACUUGCGCUACACUCACCUCUAAAGAGACACUAGAGACCACAUCCUGCACUAGUCUACGGCUUUUUGACUGGCCCAAGUCAGGCAUAAUGUCCAACAAUGGAAAAAAUAUUUAGUGUCAUUACACAGUGCCUUGUUAAACCUGCCUCAAUAAAGACACUUCACAUUCUC